GAUAACAGAUGAGAUAACCGUUGAUGUAGAUGUAGGCCUUUGAGAAGAACAACCCAUUAGUUCAAACUUUACAAGUGUAAACUCUUAAAUACGUUCUAUUUAUUCUAAUGUAAUGGAUACUCUCGCUCUCAUAUUAUAUAUUUUCUUUAUAUUAUUUCUUAUAUGGAAAAACAUUUCCACAGAACGGCAAUGCGAACGCCGUUUUAAGAAAUCUAUUAAUACACAAACUAUGAAUACAAAGGAUAAAAAAACCGACCAGUGUAUGAUCCCACACACAGAGCGUAAUGCGUCUGGUCGAAAUUGGGAAAUGUUUAAAAAUUUAGUACUUCAUCCAUCACCAUCAAGUUCAGAUUCUACUGAUAAAGAAAAUGUUAAUAAGAAGAAAUUUUCACAUCAAAAGUUAAGAAAAAAGCAUUAUUCAUCUGUAUUGAAAGUAGAUCAUAUACCACGUAAGGAAGAAGAAAUAGUUUAUGAUGAAAAUAAAAAGAAGCUAACAAAACAGAUAGCAAUAGAUUGUGAAAUGGUUGGGAUAGGAGAUGGCAGUGAAAGUAUGUUAGCUAGAGUAUCCAUUGUGAACCGUUAUGGUUUUUGUGUUUAUGAUAAAUAUGUAAAACCAAGAGAACCUGUUCAAGAUUAUAGAACUAGAGUUAGUGGUAUUAGGCCUCAUGAUAUUCAAAAUGGAGAAGAAUUUCAAAGUGUUCAGAAUGAAGUAGCUGAAAUUUUAAGAGGUCGCACUGUAGUUGGUCAUGCAUUAAAACAUGAUCUUGAUGUACUAUAUCUUUCUCAUCCAAGGAAAUAUUUACGAGAUACUUCCAGAUUUAAAACCUUCAGACAGUUAUCUGGAGGAUAUACCCCUAGUUUGAAGAAACUUGCACAUGAAUUAUUAGGCAAAGAAAUACAAACAGGGGAACAUAACUCUAUCGAAGAUGCAAGAGUUGCAAUGCAGUUGUACGUGCUGUACAAAAAUAUGUGGGAAUCUGAAUUUUAUUCUAAACGAUAAUUUAUACUAUAACGAAGGACUUAUCUCUAUUAUCUAUCUUUUAAAUACAAGAUUAUAAGAAAUACAUAGAGAAUAGGUUUAUUUUAUAUAAAAUAAUUUUUUAUCAGACAUUUGAAUUUAUCUUAUGAUCAAAUUCAGUAAUAAUAUUCACAUUUUAUUUCAUAAAUUUUAAGUCUAGCUAUACAAUGUGUCUGUUUUAUCUGUAUGUGACUAAAUAUCUUUGAAAAUAUGCAAAAUAUGUAAUAAAAAAUAAAUGAUAAAUGUAAUAAAAGAGGUUUAUUUAAGAGUUCAAAAUGUUCACAGGCCCUUUCAAGAUCAUUCCAUGGUCACAUAAAUAUCAGCAGUACAUGCUUCCUAAUAUGCUACAACUUUUACAUGAACCAUUUUUUCGUAUUUUGUAUAUUUUUAAAAAUAUUUAAUUGUAUAUAGAUAAAACGUAAACAUUGUAUAUGUUUAAUUAAAACUGUAAUCUAUGUAAAUAGAAUACUAUUAUCAGAAUGUACAAAAAGGGAUGUUAAAAGUCUCAAAAUAUAUUUUCUUUUUGAUAAAGAUUUUA